AUGUGUUGAACCACCAGUUUUCUCCGUGUGUGCGUAAGAUUAAUCCUCAUUAACACUCAGAACAUUGAGUUUCUACAGAAAGAGUUGCAUGUCCACACAUGCUUUGGCAUCUACCCACGCGCUUCUGUAUGCCAUGCAUCCCAGAAGAAGGGCUGUGGUGUGCGCCUUUGCGCUUCAGUGGAAUUUAAGAAACUGAUUCCUGAAAAUGGUCUCAUAAAGUUCCACCAGGUGAGAAGAGUGAUGACCAUCCUUUUCCUUACUAUGGUUAUUUCAUACUUCGGUUGCAUGAAGGCUGCCCCCAUGAAAGAAGCAAAUGUCCGAGGACAAGGCAGCUUGGCCUACCCAGGUGUGCGGACCCAUGGGACUCUGGAGAGCAUGAAUGGGCCCAAGGCAGGUUCAAGAGGCCUGACAUCAUUGGCUGACACUUUCGAACACGUGAUAGAAGAGCUGUUGGAUGAGGACCAGAAAGUUCGGCCCAAUGAAGAAAACAAUAAGGACGCGGACUUGUACACUUCCAGGGUAAUGCUCAGUAGUCAAGUGCCUUUGGAGCCUCCUCUUCUCUUUCUGCUUGAGGAAUACAAAAAUUACCUGGAUGCUGCAAACAUGUCUAUGAGGGUCAGGCGCCACUCUGACCCUGCCCGCCGGGGGGAGCUGAGUGUGUGUGACAGUAUUAGUGAGUGGGUAACAGCAGCAGAUAAAAAGACUGCAGUGGACAUGUCGGGCGGAACGGUCACAGUCCUUGAAAAAGUCCCUGUAUCGAAAGGCCAACUGAAGCAAUACUUCUACGAGACCAAGUGCAAUCCCAUGGGUUACACAAAAGAGGGCUGCAGGGGCAUAGACAAAAGGCAUUGGAACUCCCAGUGCCGAACUACCCAGUCGUACGUACGGGCCCUUACCAUGGAUAGCAAAAAGAGAAUUGGCUGGCGAUUCAUCAGGAUAGACACUUCCUGUGUAUGUACAUUGACCAUUAAAAGGGGAAGAUAGUGGAUUUAUGUUGUAUAGAUUAUAUUGAGACAAAAUUUAUCUAUUUGUAUAUAUACAUAACAGGGUAAAUUAUUCAGUUAAGAAAAAAUAAUUUUAUGAACUGCAUGUAUAAAUGAAGUUUAUACAGUACAGUGGUUCUACAAUCUAUUUAUUGGACAUAUCCAUGACCAGAAGGGAAACAGUCAUUUGCGCACAACUUUAAAAGUCUGCAUUACAUUCCUCGAUCAUGUUGUGGUUUGUUGCCGUUGCCAAGAAAUGAAAACGUAAAAAGUUAAAAAAAAUAAUAAUAAUAAAUUGCAUGCUGCUUUAAUUGUGAAUUGAUAAUAAACUGUCCUCUUUCAGAAAACAGACAAAAAACAAAAAAACAACAAAAAUUUGAACCAAAACAUCCCGUUUACAUUUUAGACAGUAAGUAUCUUCGUUCCUGUUAGUACUAUAUCUGUUUUACUGCUUUUAACUUCUGAUAGCGUUGGAAUUAAAACAAUGUCAAGGUGCUGUUGUCAUCGCUUUACUGGAUUAGGGGAUGGGGACUGGGAGGGGUAUAUUUUUGUUUGUUUUGUGUUUUUUUGUUUGUUUUGUUUUUUAGUUUCCACAGGGAGUAGGGAUGGGGAAAGAAUUCAUUCAAUAUUUGUUCUGGUUGAUUAAAGAUUCACUUGUAUGUUGUAAAGAUGUUCGCAAAAUCAAUCAGAUGACUGAAAAGUGAAUAAAAAUUAAGGCGACUGAAUCAAACGCUCACACUCCACUUCCCAUGAUGCACAUCCCAGGCUCCACUCACCCUCUGGGCGUUUGUCAGGGGAAGCUGCUUUUGUUAGAAAGACCUACAUUUACUUAGAGCACAUUCUUUCCCUCCCUCCCCCUUUGGUCCCCUCUUUAUUUUAUUGUUCUCUCUUAAGGAAAAAAAUCAGUUGCGCACUUUGAAAUAUUUUACCACUGGUCUGAACAACUGAACAAAUUUUGUCACAUCGUGGCAUGUAGAUAUAAGCAUGGAGAGCAGUGAUUUCCCUUUUUUUUUGAAGUGAAAAAAAAAUAACCCCAAAGUUGUUGUUUUUUUGUUUUUUUAAUGAGGGAGUAAACAUUUGGGUUAACCGUGGUAAGACUUAAAAGUAUCAUGAUAAGACUUCAGAGUAUCUUGCAAGCAAAAGGUGGAGUUCUGUAUGGACCCAGAAAUACCUAGAUCAGAUAAGGAAUCCACAUUGCCAGUGAAAUGACACAAACGGUGAUAUGGAGGCUAUGUGGAGCUGACAUGUCAUUUCCGGGCAGCGCAGGAGGAAUUUCUGAGUGGCCAUUCUGAGGUCUAGGUCAGGGUAGGGAAUGGUACUUGAGACAUUCCAAAGGGGAGGCCUCUGAAGGACUCUCAGAGGUGGCUCUGGAAUGACAUGUGUCGAGUUGCUUGGACCUUAUGCUUUAAGUGCCUAUUUAUCUAACUGUGCUCGAGAGGUUCUCAAAGGAGGACCGUGUUAAAGCAGACCUAUAAAAAAAAAAAAAUACCCUCCAGUAAUUAGUUUAUUUUGGAUAAAGCUGGAUUUGCCUAGAGCAGGUUAGGAGCCAAAUGUGGCAUUAUAAUCAUCAGAUUGAUGCAGUGGGAUAGAAGAUGUUUGCUACAUGAACACUUAUUGCUUAUGAAACUAGACUUGAGGAAACCAGGGUUUUAUCUUUUCAGAACUUUUGGCAAGGAGGAAGGGGAUGGGAAAAGGCCCCAAAACUCAGGCUAGAUGACCAAGGCUAUCACCAAUAGAAAAUCUUAUCCAGAAGCACGUCAAGAAGGUGUGUGAAUGCCUAGAACACCAAGGUUUGAAGGUGCCUUGUUUGAUGGAAGAGGCCAGGGGAGAGUUGACAAAGCUUUUUCCCCAGUGAAGGCCACAGCAACCUCCUCCCUACCCUCUUUGUUCAUGCAGAGGGCCCCUGUCUUACCCCUGCCAUCUUGGCCUAGGAAAAGUCAAGUUGGGAGCCUGAAAGAGAGUCUCAGUGAUCUUGGGAAAAAUGGGCCUCAUUGAAAAUUAGUGCUAAGCCCAUUUACCAUUGUCCAAACCUGAAAGUGUAUAGUGGUCAGACCUGGGCCAGUGUCACAAGUACGAGAAAAUCUGAAACUAAUUGCUGUGUCUUAGCAGGGUGAGGGAUAAGCAAAAGAGGAUGACCACCAUCACCCAGGGAAUGAAGCUGCCAUCAGCAAGUAAUUUCUAUUUGUUCAGUUUUUUGUUUAGAGCUAGCCUGCUUUUACAGUACAUCUCAGUCACUGUCAUUAAAAGAAAGAAGCAAAUGAUCUUCAAGACUAUAUAGUAUAGGUUUGUUUUGUGCCGUUUGAAAAUAUUAUCUUUGUAAUUAUUUUUAACAUGUAAUGAAUGCUUGGAAUAUCUGCUGUAUGCUAACUUUUUGCAGUUUCCUUUUGAGGGACAAAAUCUUACCAAAAAAAAAAAGUCCCCAUCAAUUUCUCAAAGUAUUACAAGGGCCAGAUCUGUUAAGUGAUUAGGAGACAUUCAGCAAGUGUGUAGUCAGUGGCGCAUUCUUACUCAAUAAAAUAUCUCACAGUCAUGUGCUUGGUGGUUUACGUUGACCUAAGAUUUAUUUUGUUGAAAUUUCCCUCUGUUGUUGUUCGUUUCUGUUUUGUUUUGUUCUGUUUUUUAAAGUCUUGCUGUGGUCUCUUGUGGCAGAAGUGUUUCAUGCAUGGCAGCAGGCCUGUUGCUUUUUUAUGGUGAUUCCCAUUGAAAAUGUAAGUAAAUGUCUGUGGCCUUGUUCUCUCUAUGGUAAAGAUAUUAUUCACCAUGUAAAACAAACAAACAAAAUAUUUAUUGUAUUUUAGUAUAUUUAUAUAAUUAUGUUAUUGAAGAAAAAUUGGCAUUAAAACUUAACCGCAUCAGAAGCCUAUUGUAAAUACAAGUUCUAUUUAAGUGUACUAAUUAACAUAUAAUAUAUGUUUUAAAUAUAGAAUUUUUAAUGUUUUUAAAUAUAUUUUCAACGUACAUAAAAUCUGGGGAUUCUGGGUUUUUUUCUCUUCACUGUAAAACAAACAUGAAAACGUGUUUUA